GGAAUGGGUAGCCCUCUGCUUGACUCUCCCUCCAGUAGCCGAGAAUAGUAAAGGACUGGAAACUCUCCAGGUGUAACCCUGAGAGGAGAAUGAACCCACAGACUACAUAGAUGAUAUAAAUGUAUGAAUAUUAAAUACGUAGUCCAAAAACUGGUGAUGAUCACUAAAAUUAUUACUGUUAGAGUUUGGGUGACAUCUUUUAUUUCUACAGUUACCCUCUAAGAAUUUAGGAAAACUUCAUGUGGCAAACAGAGCUAUUCUGGAAAGGAAAUAACCUGGCCUAUGAUGUCACAGUGGUCACUAAGUUACAGCUUUGCUGACACUGCUGGUAUUAGCAUUCACCUGAUACAUCAUUCUGGCUGAGAUCGCGAAUGCUCCGGUUCGUGUUCUCCGGCCCACUCGGAUCUCCGUUGCCCGGUGAUUUUGGUGGGUUUUUCCCCCCGCCUCGGGUGGGGAGAUGUUUCUUCGAGGACUGUCUUUGGCCAUCCUCAUCUGGUCCGCCAUCUUGGUGGAAGGGAGCCACGGUUUCCCUGACCAAGAACAUUGGACCAGAGUAGGGUGGGAGAUUCUUCAAGAGGAAAGGCCCCUAUUGAAGCUUCCACGUAAAGCUCCCAUUUACUGCCUGCCUAACCCUCUGGAGAAAUUCUGCUGCAGUCUGUUCCUAUUCAACAUAUUCAAAAGCUGCAUGAAGUUCUUGGGUUUCAUUUGUGCGGGUCACAGUUUAAUCGUGCUUUCUCUGGCUAUUUACCAUCGAGGGAUCGAAAAGAAGCGGCGUCUGAAGAAGCCAAAAAGGGUCACGGCUGAGAAGAAAAAAAUGCCUGGCGUGGAGCAGGUACUUUUAAGACUCCUGACCGUUAUUCAGAUUUUGCUAAAGUGUCUUCUAAAGAAGGAGGAAAAGGAUCGCAGAGCCAAGCACAGAUGCAGCCACGCCGGCAGAGAAACCGAAGCGGAGGGAAACCAGGAAGCCUUCCCCCCCUUUCCCAUUCCCCCCUGCACUCCCCGCACUCCCCCACCUAGCUUGGAGCUGCUCCACACCAACCCGCACCCUUGAGUGCAUAUAAAUGGAUCGUUUUCUCUUUUGUUGUUGUUGUAGUGUAGAAGUAAAUAAUUCUAAAAAUACUUAA